AUGGUGUCCGAGAUUUUUGACACUAUUAGCACGAGUCCAUUUAUCUUCAACGAGGAGUUAUUUGAAUUUUGGAUUGAAGGUUUAUCAACCGAUGAUGCAGCUCGAAAGUUACAUUCACAAGUAGAAGUUGAGAUAUUCAAUCUCUCACUUGACCUUUUAAUCUCUUAUGUUGCCGACCAGUUUGCCCAAUUCACUCUACUUGAAUCGGCAUUGGCACGACCUGACGUUUUCAUCACUUAUCCCUCCAAUUGCAUAGUCGAUUGGAGGCUGCAACGGAAACUUGUAGAGAGGUACUACUCUCUGGAUGACAUUCUCUGUCGUGAACUGUUGGGUAGCAAGCUUUCUGCUCGUUUUCGCCGUGAUCUAACUGACACUGCAGAACGUUGUGGUUUGCGCCUCCGCAGUGUUAAACGUCAAUAUGACAAUCUUCGUAGAGUAGCAAGGUUCGUGGAAGAUACGCCCGGCCAUCUCUGUGAUAUAAUUAGACGCUCAUUUUGCCUUCCAAUUUCACUUGCCGAAAGUUAUUCCGUUAUGAUUUUCCUUUCAGUCAAUCGGUUUGAAACAUCGAAACGUUGCUUCUCAGGAGCUACGUUCGCGGAUUUCGCAUACUGUGCAGAACAGUUGAUGACCUAUUGGACGUCUUCUGACAGUUUGGAAAGUAAAUUAGACUCCCCAAUUGAUUUAGAACUUGAUUUCGAAUUCUGCUCUGAGCUCAAAGUUCUCAAACUCAUUGUGGAGAAGCAGACCUACCUGGAACGUCACAAAAACUUUGUACUUCGUCAGAUCUCCUCGUCGGUCUCUGAUUCAUGUCUCCACUGGAUUGGUUUAAACUUUAGGGUCAUUGAGGUUGUCGUGAGCUCUCAGUGGACCUAUCAGGAGUUUUCCAGCUUUCUCACUUCCUUCGAUGAAGCCCUUCGGAUAUUGCCUCCCGCAAAAUCCUCCUCGUUCCAACGUAGUUGGGUUCGAUUCUUCGCUCCCUUUAAAUCCAUUUGUUUGCGCCUCUUUUCCCUUCCGAUUAAUGCGAGCACCAACAAUCUGUAA